UAAAAUACGUACAAAAGUGUAAGCUGACAUGUAAAAUAGAGAGAUUUAAGUGAAAAAUGCAAGUUUCCUUCUUCUCUCCUCUUCUUUUCUUUUUCUUAUUCUCCUUUUUAGCGCUCGUGAGUCGAAAACUCCCAAGCCACAUACUUCUGUGGGACCCAGACGCAGGAUGAGAAGGAGACAAUUUUGGGGAAACAAGUGCGGGACGCGUGUAACGAGGUACAUUUUCUCUUGUGUGUGUCUCACUCGCUCUGCUGCCAAUCUCACGCCCCAAUUAUUUUCACCAAAUCACCAACCAUGGCGACGUUCGAUGGAGGAGCUUAUCGCGUAGAAAAUUACUCUGCGGUUACAACGGCUUCUCCCCCUAUGGCGGUUUCUGGAACGAGGUAAUGACGGGACGACGCGGAACAAACGGCGACUGUUGCUUGGCCGGGAAGCAAGAGGAAAAGAGGCGAAGAAAGGACGAUAAUAAGAGGAAGAGCAGUAGAAAGGAAGCGAUCAUGUACCUGCGAACAGAGCGAGACGAGAGGAAGGAGGCAAUCUGCUGCCGAUCCAGUGACGGCGAUGGGGCAACGGGCGAGUGGAAUGUGGUGACGAGAGGAGAGGAAGGGCAGCGGUGGCUUUGGGGUGCAAUGAAGCUUGCGUGGACGGCUUCGCUGAGGUUGGAAACCCUCGGCGUGAGAUAUGGGCGGAGCCCCUCUUUUGUGUAUCUUUUCUCCGACGACGCAAUGAGAAGAGGUCUCUUCUACCAGAUGAUUCGGUACCCGCCGACCCCCGUACGUUAUCCUGACUCAGCAGGUCAUUGGGUCCCACGGGGGGCGAUGCGUGUGAUCCUAGCGAACGGUGUGAAGCGGUGUGAAAGGUUUUCGCGGUGCUUUCGAGUUUGGCAAUCGAGGAGCUUUGUCGUCAGGCGAUUGAAGGGUACGCGUCUCGCCUACCCGCGCUACUAGUCGACCUUGGUAAGUGGA